GUGUGUUGUCUGGUUCGGCUUUAUUUUUUUUCUCCUCCUCUUCUACCUCUUUUCCAGUCGCACCCUUCGCCUUUCAACCCUCGUCCCCCUUUUGCCUCCCUUCUGCUUCUCCAAAGAGAGACUGUGACGGCUUCUUUCUUUCUUUCCUUGCUGCCUCUCACGUAUCGACUCUCUGAAAUUCACAAUGGCUGCCGCUGUCGCUGCUCCCGCCGCCGAGGCCGCUCCUGCGCCGAACACUCGCCCGACUCGACCCGAUGAGAAGAUCUUUAAAGAGGAGCUUGCCAAGGCCGAGAAGGAGCACAAGGCGUCCAUGGACAAGUUUAACGCCAUCAAGGCCAAGAUCGACGUUGCCCUCCCCAACAAGAACAAGGACCAGCCCAGCCCGACCCAGAAGCGCCGCCAGGAACUCAUUGCCCAGGCCAACGAGAUCCGCCAGAAGCAGGCCGGCGGCAAGAAUGCUCGCACCUCCAAGCUGGACCAGAUCAAGCGCUUCGACGAGCAGCUCCGCAGCCGCAUUGCCGAGCAGAAGGCCGCCAAGGCAAAGGUCCCCUUCAAGAGCGUCGAAGACAUCGACCGCCAGAUUGAUAGCCUCGACAAGCAGGUCAACUCCGGCACCAUGAAGCUCGUCGAUGAGAAGAAGGCCCUGACCGAAAUCUCCAACCUGCGCAAGACCCGCAAGAACUUUGGCCAGUUUGACGAGGCUGAGAAGCAGAUCAACGACCUCAAGGCCAAGAUCAAGGAGAUCAAGGACACCAUGGAGGACCCCGAGCAGAAGGCCAUGUCUGAGCAGUACAACAAGAUCCAGGCUGAGCUCGACACCAUCAAGGCCGAGCAGGAUGAGGCAUAUAAGAACCUGUCUUCCCUGCGAGACGAGCGCACCAAGCUGCAGGCCGAGCAGCAGGAGAAGUUUGCCGCCAUCCGCAAGCUCAAGGACGACUACUACGGCCAGAAGAAGGCCUUCCAGGCCUUUGAGCGCGAGGCUCGCGAGAAGCAGCGAGAGCGCCAGCGCGCCGAGCGUGAGCGCUACCUCAAUGAGCGCAAGAAGGCCGAGGCCGAGCGUGUCCUCGCCGAGGCCAGCGAGCCCGCCUACCUGGACGAGAUCCGCCGCGCAAACAGCCUGCUCGUGUUCCUCGAUCCCACCUUCAAGGCCGAGAAGACGCCUCUGCUGGCCAACUCUGGCCUGACCGCCCAGGCCCAGAGAACCGUCGAUGAGUCUGGUCUCAAGGGCGUCAAGCUUGUCCGCAAGGAGGACCGCGACGACGAGUACGCCCCCGCCCAGACCAAGGGCAAGAAGGGCAAGAAGGGCAACCAGGGUGCCGCCGCCCAGAAGGGCUUCAACUGCCCCCCUUCGGUUGUCGAGGACUGCUCAUUCCUCAGCCUCGACCCCCCUAUGAGCGCCGCCGAUGUCCCCGGCCUCAUUGAAAAGGUCAAGGCCAAGCUUGAGCACUGGAAGGAGGACCAGGCCGCUCAGACCCAGCGUAACAUUGAAAAGGCCAAGAAGAAGCUUGAGGAGCUUGAGAAGGCCGAGGCCAACGGCGAAAAGGUCGACGAGGUUACCGACGACCUCAAGGACGCCUCCCUGGAGGACAAGGAGAAGCAGGAGGAGUCAUAAAGGACUUUCUCCUCCCUUGCUUCCCCGAAAGAGAAGACUCUGACUUUUCAAUGAUUCUUUUCCUCUAGCUACAAUCCUCGCUAUCAAGCCGACGAAAUUCGCCCCUCGUUCCACUUUCUACUCUCUCUCGCGCGCGCCAUUUCGUACACAGCUAUAUUAUCUGUUCUCUCUCUUCUCUCACUCCACCAUUCGUCAGCUGCGGGGUUAUAGAAGAGGAAUCGAAUCAUAUUUUUUCUUUUUACAAGUCUACAAGGAACUCAAAAAAAGUAGGAAAGGGGGAAAAAAUUCUGUCUCAAAAUAGGAGGGGUUUUGUUUUUUUUAAAUAAAGGAACAAGCUUUUUUCUUUUCUUCUCUCCUACAUCGCUACAACAAGCGUUCCGCGUGUUGAUCUAUUAGUCUUUUUUUUUUUUAUUGUUUCAGCUUUCUUUUUGUCAUUGGUAUUUCUUAUUUUGUACCUAGGUAUCUCUUAUUUCCUCGUCAAUGGAUGGGGGCACAAAAAGGAGUUUUUAUGCCAAGCACGAAAUAUACAAUCCUCAUGGAAAAUGAUGUAUAAGAAAAAAAAAGGCUGUACCCCCCCUUUUUCUUCUUAAAAAAAAACAUGCUACUGGGUGACACAAAGUAUCUCCUAUCAUGUGAUACUCGCGUUGAUGCUAGCACAAGCUGGUAAAAAGUCCCGAGAUUUGCUCACUUUUUUCGGUGUAUGUGGCUGCUUUGACUGGCUGGGGCGUCCUGCAUGUGAGGCCAUCUAUUACUACUACACAUUCAUGUAUCCAAGGGGGCUGCUGCAGGUAACUUGUUGUAUGUAGGUAUGCGUCGAUGGGAACACACGUACAUGUAGACUAGACUAGAAUAGACUCAACUAGCCGUAACCAAUGCAAUGAUACCAGCAGGUAAUCUAUAUGAUGCGGUUCGCC